UAAUCGCAAUUUUUAUUUAUGUGUUUUGCCCUUUAAGAAGAAACAAAACUAAAAAAGAAAAAUGUCUGCUAAAUUCUUCCUCCUUUUGUGGAUUUUUUGUGCAAUUUUAGAAAUUGGGAGCGCAAAAAGAAGAAGAAGUAAAACACGCAGCAGAAACAACGACGAAAGUGACAACGACGAAAGUGACUACGACGACAGCGCCACUGGAAGCACCAUAGACAAUGACACACUGAUGAUAUCUAGUAUAGUGACCGGGGCUGUUAUUGUAAUUAUCAUCGUAGUGGCUUGUUCUCUUUAUUGGGGAUACUGCAAUGCUGAACAGAAGAAAAAAUGUAGACAAGUCGGUUCUUGUUGUUGGAAAUUGAUUAAAAUGGGAGACGAUGACGAUGAAUGAGAUGUGAGGCUGGCAUAAAGCAAGCUAAAACUUGUAUUAUUACUAACGUUCCGUGGACUUAUUCUUGAAUUAUGGUUUAUCUGAAUUUUUAUGCAUGAAAUUGUCUUUUCAUUUAUUAAAUUCUUAUCAGUAUUAUCAUACAUACGCAAACACGUACAUGCUAUAUGAUAAAAUAUCAUAUAGUUAUUUUCAGAUAAUCGUUUGAUUGAUUGAUUUUAUCUUGUUUACGAGAUAUGGAGACGUAACCAAGACCGGUGAAGGGCUUCAAAUUUAUGCCUAUGUUCGGCGCCUACGGCAAUUGAGCAGUGAGGAUUCUUUAGCGUGACAUCCGUUUUUAAGUUAAUCUCCGAGGACCCAUGACAUUCACACCUGAUGCCGAGCGUUUGGGGAUGGAACUAUCACUAAUUGUUUUAACGACUUAGGUCUAUCGCGGCCGGGAUUCAAAUCUCGACCUUUCGCAUGCGUGGUGAAACCUCUAUCUCUAGAUCAGAUCGUCAAAGUCUCAGGAUUUUCUAAAGGUUAAAAAUACAUCAUUGAAAUUAUUUUUGAAUAAAUGAUUUGUCAUGAUUUCUAUCAACAAAA